AUGGCUACUCUCUCACUUCCUAGCGCUCAAGGGGGCCAUGCGCAUCCACGAAUCUGCCCUAUAUGCGGCAUAAACGAGCACGAACACAGCCAUGAAGAAGAAGACAAAGAGAACUUUCUGAAUUCUGUACGUCAGUUAGCCAAGGCCUUGAGGGAAGACAACAAACUCAGAGUUGGCACCGGUCGUAUGAUUCCAGCAAAUUUCAAACCACCACGACCAGUCGUUGUUCGCACCCAGCGUUUCGUUUCACCACGUCCACAUGACUUCAUUCGUCACAUUGAACACCACACCCAAUUUUUGAUCUACACGCAUGGUGCAUGUCUAGACAACGGCAGAGCCGGCUUCGCUAUUUAUAGUAUCAUGAUGUGUUUAUCCAACGGCCAAUCCAGGCCAAGAGCCGGUUGCGCCUUCGUUUUCAGGUCAUGCUCCAAUACCAAAUGCCAUGUCAGUUUUCCUCUGGAGCUGGAGGGACCCAUUGGCCAGGAAUGCGCGCAAACAAGCAAUCGUGCCGAGCUACGUGCCGUUCUUGCGGCAUUACGAUGUCGAUGGUGGUAUCUAGAAGGAUCAGAAAUGGUCAUUGCAACUGAUUCUAAAUAUGUGGUCAAUGGCAUCACGAGGUGGAUGCAGAAUGGAUGGACGACGCGUAUAUGGGCGCCAGUUGCCAACCAGGACCUUUGGCUUUACAUACUUGGGGAGAUUGAACGGGCGGAUCGUGGUCGGAUGCGUGUGACACUCUGGCGUAUUCCCCGAGAAUGGAAUGCAGUGGCGGAUCAUUAUGCCAAACAAGCUGCUUCUGAGGGUGGGCGUGGUGCAUUCAAAGACACCAUUGAUAUGGAUGUUUGA